AUGGCCCCUAAGAUCCUAAUCGUUCUAACUUCCUUCGGUGAGAUCCCGGGAGUUGGACCUACAGGAUGGUACUUGCCUGAAUUCGCACACCCUCACGAAGUCUUCCACAAAAAAGCCACUCUAGUCAUCGCCUCCCCAAACGGCGGAAAAGCACCACUAGAUCCGAACUCCGUAAAGAUGUUUGAAUCAGAUCCUGUGGCGAAAAACUUCCUAGAUACACAGGAAUCCCUAUGGACGAAUACGGAGAAACUUGCGGAUAUGCUGGCCCGGGUUGAUGAAUUCGAUGCGAUAUUUUAUGUUGGUGGUCAUGGACCAAUGUUCGAUCUAACAACAAACAAAACCUCAAUCCAACUAAUCGAAUCCUUCGCCGCAAAACACAAACCAAUCACAGCAGUCUGUCACGGACCCUGCGUUUUCCUAAAUACCAAAAACUCAUCUGAGGAGCCCCUCAUCGCCGGUGCCCAGGUAACGGGAUUCUCAAAUGCGGAGGAAGAUGCGGUGAAGUUAUCAGCAGCCAUGCCAUUCAUGCUGGAGACGGAGUUACAGCGUAUUUCGGGGAAAACUAAUGGGUAUGGAGGGGCGCUUAUUACUGGACAGAAUCCUGCUAGUGCUGGUGCUGUUGCUGAAGCUAUUUUGGAUGUUUUGGGUUGA